UGGCUAAACCUAAUAAACGGUCGCAGAAGUAGCAAAACCCUUGUUUGCGCCGUCUGCAAAAUUUGAACUGAUUAAUUUCACAAAUAAAAUUUUGCAUUUUUCGAAAACAAAUAAUUUCCGAUAAACAUAAAAAACUUUCCGAACAAUUUCCGGUCGGUCCGGUCGGUCGGUCGGUUCGAUUUUUAUCCUUUCAUGUUAAACCCCAGCCCAUCUUUUGCAGAGAAACCCUAGCUGGUUUUGUUUUUCUUUUUCUUCCUUACAACAACGAACUGAGAAGACGAAGAACAUCUGCUACCAAAGGAAUCAAGUCAAUUUCUUUCUUCUUUACUGGUAUUAUAAUCGAGAAUGAUAUCAUCCGUUUCUUGGAUCCCAAAAGGGGUCCUAAAAUCAGUACCUACUGCAGCUGAUCCUCCUUCGAAAGAAGAACUCGAGGAGAUCUUGAAGAGUGGUGUUUUGGGAAUACGUGAAGAGAGUGAAGAUGAGGAAACCGAAGAAAAUAUGAAUGUUGAUGAAUUGAAGCAAGAUGAUGAACUUGCUCGUGCAUUAAGUGCUGCUGAUGCUCUUGGAAAAGCUUCGAGCAGUUCAAAGGGUGUAACCGACAGCUUAACGAAUGCACUGAAGGAACUAGAUAUGGAUAAAUACGAUGAAGAGGAGGAUGGUGUCGAGCUUUUUGGCUCGGGGUUAGCUAACUUAUACUAUCCAAGUAAUGACGUGGACCCUUAUUUGAAGGAUAAGGAUGAAGACGAUUCUGAAGAGGAAGAAGAUAUCACCAUAAAACCGGAAGAUGCUGUCAUAGUCUGCGCUCGAAAUGAGGAUGAUGUCAGCCAUCUUGAGGUUUGGAUAUUGGAAGACCCUACAGACGGCGAUUCAAACAUGUACGUACAUCAUGAUAUUGUCAUUCCAGCAUUUCCCCUUUGCACGGCUUGGCUUGAUUGUCCCCUUAACGGAGGAGAUAAAGGAAACUUCAUUGCUGUUGGCUCAAUGGAACCGACCAUUGAGAUUUGGGACCUUGACAUUAUGGAUGAAGUUCAGCCAACUGCUACAUUGGGUGGCAUUAUCGAAAAGAAGAAAAAGGGGAAGAAGAAAACUAUUAAGUACAAGGAUGGCAGUCACACAGGUCCAGUUCUUGGACUUGCUUGGAAUAAAGAGUACAGGAACCUACUUGCUAGUGCAAGCGCUGACAAGUUGGUCAAGAUUUGGGAUGUGGCAACCGAAACAUGUAAUUUAACGUUGGAGAACCAUACAGACAAGGUCCAAGCAGUGGCGUGGAAUCAUUUUGCUCCUCAAGUUCUUCUGAGUGGAUCGUUCGACCAUUCUGUAGUUAUGAAAGAUGGCAGGAUACCGUCGCAUAGUGGAUUUAAAUGGACGGUUGCAGCUGAAGUAGAAAAAUUGGAGUGGGACCCACACACGGAACAUUCGUUUGUGGUUAGUCUUGAAAAUGGCACAGUUACUGGUUUCGAUAUCCGUACAGCUAGCUCUGAAUUAUCGUCUCAGUUGAAGCCAAGUUUCACUCUCCAUGCACACGACAAAGCCGUUUGCACAAUUGUGUAUAAUAGCUUAGUCCCAAAUCUUCUUGCUACCGGUUCCGAGGAUAAAAUGGUGAAACUCUGGGAUUUAUCAGACCAGCAGCCUUCAUGCAUUGCGUCCAAAAAUCCUAAAGCUGGAGCUGUGUUUUCAAUCUCCUUCUCACAAGAUAGCCCCUUUACUUUAGCAAUUGGAGGUGCCAAGGGAAAAUUGCAGUUGUGGGAUACGCUGUCGGAUCCCGAUAUUGCGAAAAGAUACGGAAAGUAUGCGAACCGGCCUAAACCUCCUCCUGCGGCUGUUUGACCAAAACUCUCGGUCAAUAGGCAAUAUAUGUAUAAUGCUGGUCUUGGAUCCGAGUGCACCAUUUUUGCAAUCUUGACGUUCGAAGUUUCUUUUAGUUGAUGACUAGUACGAUUACAAAGUUCGCUUAUAUAAUUACCCUAUAAUUUAUAAGUUUUGGUUCUUUAUUAGCAUUA